GUUUCCUGUUGAAUUAAAUCAUUCAUUAAAGAUCAUGAAGUUUGCAUGAUGUAGGUAAAUACAUGGUGUAGUUAAUUAUUAUGGAAAAACUGAAAACUCUGCUUAAUUGAAGAUACAUGUACGGUUUUGUGAAAUUAUUUCCAAAAAUCUCUUUUAUUGUUAUUCCAUAAGAAUACCGUUGAAUAUUUUAUUAACAUUUAUAUUUUUUGAAACUUGGCGCUGAAUAAACAUUUUAAUGCCAUCUACUAAUGAGCACCAUAAACAUCCAUGAUCAGACACAGACUUUACGGAUAAUAGGUGUUUGUAUUGGUAGCAUCUUUUGCAAGAGCAGAUUUUAUAUUUAUAAAUUGUCAAAUAAUUUUUCAAACUUUUCAAAUAAUAAAAAAGAACACGCUUUUAAUUUUUACUAUUUCUACUUUAUACCUCGUCUGUGACUACGUUAAGAUCUAUGAAUAUGCAAAGUGAGAUAGUAAGUUAUAGAAUAUUUUGAUUCCGUGGGAACCAAUGUGAAUUGGACUUUGUUUGAUUUUCCUGUGACGGGAAGAAUAGUGGGUGUAUUCAAGCUUCGAAGAAUAAACAAAAGCGAAUAAAUUGCAAAAAUGAGUAAUUCAACUAUUUCUGAUCAAUCGCUCAUGGAUAAGUCUAUGCGAAGUGUUUUCGUUGGGAAUAUCCCGUACGAAGCCACGGAAGAAAAUUUGAAAGAUAUUUUCAGUGAGGUUGGGCCUGUUCUUUCCUUUAAAUUAGUUUUUGACCGAGAAACGGGUAAGCCUAAAGGAUAUGGCUUUUGCGAAUAUAAAGACCAAGAAACAGCACUUAGUGCUAUGAGAAAUUUGAAUGGAUAUGAAAUCGGUGGAAGAACAUUACGUGUUGAUAAUGCUUGUACAGAAAAAAGUCGGAUGGAAAUGCAAAGUCUUUUGCAAGGACAAAAUACUGAAAAUCCAUAUGGGGAAGCAGUACAGGCUGACAAAGCUCCAGAAGCCAUAAGUAAAGCUGUUGCAUCUCUGCCACCGGAACAAAUGUUUGAACUUAUGAAACAAAUGAAACUCUGUGUUCAAAACAAUCCAAAUGAGGCACGUCAAAUGCUACUUCAGAAUCCUCAGUUGGCAUAUGCCUUAUUACAAGCACAGGUAGUAAUGAGAAUAGUGGAUCCUCACACAGCAGUUAAUAUGUUACAUAAAGCAAAUCCAAUUCCAAGUGUACUAACACCUACUGAUAAACCAGCUGUACACCCUAUUGUACCAAGAAUAGAAGAACCAUGGGCUCCUUCACGACCAGCACCAGUUACAAAUCCUCCAGCACCAAUCUUUGCUGGACAAGAUGUUGAUUUACGUACAUUAGAUCGACAAAUGGAUCCACGUUUAGCUAGAAUGGAUCAAGAUCUAAGAGGACCACAAGUACCACCAACACCUGUUAGUGCACCUCCACCAGUAUCUGCUAAUACUGAUCCUAGGGGACUGGCUACAUUUAAUAUAGCAGAUAACGCUCUUCCUGUUGAAGGAGUUGAGAGUUUUUGCCGUGAUCCAAGAACGGAUAGAUUUGGUAGAGAUCCAAGAGAUCCUAGGGAUCCAAGAAUGCCAAUUGAUCCUAGAAUUACAAAAGCGAAUCCACCAGUACCAGUCGCUCCACCGGUAGUACCAAGACCCGUUGCUGCACCUACUGUUCAGUCUUCAAAUGUUGUUGCAACAAAUACUGCUGUUCCUGCUACUUCACUUACGACUGCCACUACUUCAGCAACUUCAAGACUCAUGGCGGGAAUGCCAUCAACAGGAAAUAUACCCAGUGGGGCAUCAGAUCAGGAGAAGGCUGCUUUGAUAAUGCAAGUACUGCAGUUAUCUGAUGAACAAAUAGCUAUGCUACCACCUGAACAAAGACAAAGUAUUUUGGUACUUAAAGAGCAAAUUGCUAAAAGUACGCAACGUUAAUAUAUUAAUCUUUACAUUUUCUAUAAAUUUUUUAAAUUUCUCUAAAAAAAAUUGUAAAAUUAUAAUAUAUAAGUUUAAGCUUCUGCAGAUAAUAAAUUUUUUAAAAUAAUUAUUUCUUUGAAUCAAUGACGAACAUUUAGUAAUAUAACAAUGAUAAACAUAAAUACAUAUAAUUGCACAUCGGAGUCUAAUAUUUUCAUACUGAUGUAUCGUUAUAAACGUUACGAAAAUAAACUAUUUGCUGAUAUUUUUAAAGAAUGCGAUUUGUUCGUUGUUUGUUUUAAUCUUAAAUAAGCCAUCUUCGAUGAGUGAACUAUAUAAAAGUUUUUUAAGAUUUGUGUCUUCAUAUAGCUCGAGACUUGUAUAUUCUUUAUCAAUUUCCUAAAACAACCAGAUUUAACAUUUCAACCUUCUUAAAUAUAUGUAAUAAUGAAGACAAUAGUUAUUAUACUGCAUGUUUAUUUACCUUAAUUGUACCUACAACAGGUUUACUAUACAUUUUAUGUAUUUCGGUUAGAAGUUUAGUUUCAUCUGCGGAGGGAACAACGUCUACAUUCCAUAAUCUGCACUUCAUUGCUAAAGCUGGAACGUCUGCCCAUUCUUUUUUUAGAGUAUAUAACUCACAACUUUUAUGUAAAUAAAAGGAGCAAAAUUAAUAAUAUACGGCUUUUAUUUUAUUUAAAUUAAUAUUAAUUAUCAAAUCAAAAUUUAAAAUACAAUAAGUACAACUUACUUUUGAGCAUUAACUGUUCUGUAUUCGUCAUUGCCAUAAUCAACAUACAAUAAUUUAAUUUCGAUAUCAUUUGUAUCUUCAAUAGUAUCACUUUCUAUUAUUAAACAUCUGUACCACAGAUCAUCAUUAAAUUUUGCACAGCAAGGUGUGUCUAUAAAUAAAGUUACAUUUUCUUUAACUUAUAAAUAUACAAAUUGUACAUACUACAUUUUGAAUAAUUAUAUAUUUAUUUAAAUAAAAUUGUAUAAAUAUUGCGGUUAGUUUCAUGGAAUUGUUAACAAAUAAUACUCACUUAGUGUAAUAUCUGUAAGUACUGGUUGCUUGGGAGCAUUUUCUUGUAAAUCUUCCAUAAGAAGUUUAUAUUGGGCAUAGUAUGCACUCAAAACCUAAAAAGGAAAGAAUAUCAAAUGUACUGUACCUGUUCUAGAGGAAAUGAAACAAGCAACAGAAUUUUGAUACAUACUACUGAGUGUGCAUUUUCUUUCAACCGAGCAUAAAAUUCAGUAGCAGAAAUGUUACAGCAUAGUUCUAUUUCAAUGUACUGUAAAUCUUUUGGGAUAUUGACUAGUUUAUAAACCACUGAAAGAUUUUCUUCCGAAACAACGUUAGGCGUAGAAGAAACUAUAUUACUUUUUACAAUACACCAUGACAAAUUUUCAACGUCAGUUGUAGCAAUGCUACCACUUUCAUUCAGUGCAUUAUCUUGUAUCAAUGGAGAAUAUCCACUGAUUAGUUUAUCUUUUAUCUUUUCUUCUGUUUCUAGCGUUACUUCAUUUAUUUCUUCCAUUCUGUCAAUUGAGUAUAGUAAGUCUGAAUUUUCAAUUAUUACGUCUGCUGUAUCCGUGAAGGAUGAUUCUUUUUCUGAUAUAUUCAUUUCACUAUCAGGUUUAAUAUUCAUACCCCAAUCGUUGAUGAGAAAUGUAAUUAAGUCACUCUUGUUUCGACAGUAUUUGUUUGGAAAUAUUGUUACAGAAAUCUGAAAGUAUGUAUGUACAAAAAAAAGUGGAUUAGA